AUGGCGGUGAAGAACCAGGAAAAGUUGGAGCGGUGGAAGGUGAAGAAGGCAGCGAAGAGGCAGAAAGGGGAGGACGGAGAGGCCGGCGAGGAAGAGGAGAACGUCCAGCCGGUGGUGAUGGAUGCUCUGGAGAAUGGCUUCCUGCACCACGCACAGAGAGAGCAGGAGCGCAUGAACGAAAGGCUGCUGAAGAAAACCUACUCCAAGAAGAACAAAACGAUAAAACCAUUGGCAUUGCGACCAGUCAAACUGGCUGAGGAAGAAAAGUUUCAGGAGCUGCUGCUGUGCAGGAGCCCAUCGAAAGAGCAGCUGAAUGAGAGCUCCACUCACUCCCUGUCAGGCCGGGGCUACUCGGUGUCCUGCUCUACCUUGGCGGAAAAGAAGCCAGUUUUAUUGGCAUCGAUCAACAGCGUGAACCAGUUAUGA